GAGAGAGAGAGAGAGAGAGAGAGAGAGAGAGAGAGAGAUUAACGAAAGGCAAACGAGGAGAGGAAGAGAAGCAAGAAAACACGAAGCCACAAAAACACGUAUCGUCUAGGAAGGUCUUGUUUUGGCUCCGGGAUUCCCAAGUAACAUCCCGCAAUGUUGAUUGGGUCGAUGUAGACGGAGGCGGUCUGUAAUAUCCCCUUCACUGCUAUGAUGCUACUCGAACUACCACUCCCACUCCAGUGAGCCAGCGCCAGGAUACACCCAGUGAUGUUCCGCGUCCAGGAUAGGGACUGGGGACUGUACCCAUUCCCCAGCCUUUUUUUUCUUCUUAACGUUCUUGCUUUUAUUGUUAAAUUAUUUUCGUUCUUUCAUUGUUUUGUUUUCCUCAUUCGGAUUGCUCUGUCCAUCCGCUUAUUUAUAUUGUUUUUCUUAUUUGGAAUAUCUCAUGCAAUCAGAUAAAACAAACCGAAUGGAUUUACAUAAAUUCUUGCAGUUAUGUCUUGUUACGCCAUAUCCGGCGUUCUAAAAGCGACGGAAACUUCCCCAGAUGGUUUCGAAAACUCGGCAUGUUACUAUAAUAUCCCACAAACAUUUACAAUUAAAACACUCACAAGAGAAAGAUAUCUGGAGCCGCAAACAAACAAACAAACACGGCCAUCUCCUCAAGGUUAAUGAAUGGUGUAGCCGAAUUAGAAAAGAGGGAUAUGGACUUGAUCGUCAGAUUCGAACAAUCCAGCGUGAGGAAGAAAAGGUGAAGCGCUCCUUGAAGGAAGCUGCUAAGAAGGGAGAUAAGGAUGUGUGCAGGAUGCUGGCCAAGGAGCUGGUGCAGUCUCGUAAGGCUGUGGCCCGUAUUUACACUACAAAGGCCCAUCUUAACUCCAUACAGUCACAAAUGAAAACUCAGUUGGCAACUCUCCGUGUGGCGGGCUCACUCCAGCAGUCCACAGAAGUGAUGAAGACAAUGCAGCAGUUGGUGAAGCUCCCUGAGAUCAGCAGAACCAUGCAGGAUAUGAGUCGGGAGAUGAUGAAGGCAGGAAUCAUUGAGGAGAUGCUGGAGGACACAAUGGAGUCCAUGGAACCCGAGGAGUUGGAGGAAGAGGCACAGGAGGAAAUUGAUAAGAUUCUGUGGGAGAUAACAGCUGGUGAACUUGGCAAGGCCCCAGCGACAGUGAGUGAUGCACUGCCAUCAGAACCUACAGGAGCCGAAGCCCUUCCCCAGGACUCAGAAGAGGAGGCUGAGGAGGACAUGGAGGAGAUGAGGACCCGCCUUGAAGCUCUCCGCAGCUGAGUGUGAGGGCUAGAGUGAAACAAGUGGAACAAGUACAGAUUUUUUUUUUUUUUUUUUUUUUUUUUUUUUUUUUUUUUUUUAAUAAUUUGGUAUUUGUUUAUGUAUUUAUAGAUGUGUUUUUGGGUUUGUUUUUAAAUCUACAAGGUUAACAUGUAAACUACUGUAUUAAAUGUAUAAGUAGGUAGAGUUAGUGCUUGUGUUACAGAAUGAAAAAUAUAUUAUACCAACUUUAAAAGUCCAAAACUUUUUAAUAACUUAUGUUAAUUUAUCAUCACUUAUCAACGGCAAUACACACACUAAAUGGCCAUGAUUUUGGUAAUGAAUAGUAAUGGGACUAAAAUGUUUGUGACAUUCAUUACCAUGAAGUAUUUGAAUGAAAUGUUAGUUUUCAAAAAUGCAACACAGAAAGACUAGAAGACAGGGAAAAAGAUUAUUAGAUUUUAAUGAGCAUGGGUUUGUGUAUGUAUGUGAAUGUGUGUAUGUGGGAAAAGUUGACCUUAACAUUUAAUUAUCCAGUAAAUAUAUAUAGUAGCCAUAUUAUUUUAUGCAUUUAUUUUUUCCCUUCCCUCUUCCAUUGUACUUAUCAUCUUCAUGAUCAUAAUCAGCAUUUUAGCAACUACAUUAGGCCGAAUUCUAAUGAUUAGCUCUCACUCUUGAUUUUUUUUUUUUUCUUGUUAUAUGUUACAUGAUUUUUUUUCUUCUUUAUUUUUCACAAUUGUCAUUUUUAUUUUUAAUCAUAAUGUAGCCUUUUCAUGAAAUAUCAGUUAUUUUUUAUUCAUAAUGUAGCCUUUUCAUGAAAUAUCAGUUUUUUUUUUUUCAUAAUGUAGCCUUUUCAUGAAAUAUCAGUUAUUUUUUAUUCUUAAUAUAGCCUGUUCAAGAAAUUGAAGAGUAACUAAGAGUCUAGGAAUACUGGACCAAGUACCAAGAUAGUAGCCAGUGCAAGAUGUUGGAUAGAUGGUGUCUUUACUGUUUCUUGGUGCUAAAAAACAAGGCCCAUGAUUGUACAAUUAUUGUAAUAUCAUUCAUAGUAUUCUUGUUAAUUUUUUUUUUUUUUUUCCAUUAUCAUUCUUAAUGGUCAUUGUCACAAAUGUUAUCAUUAUUAAUAACAAUAAUGAUUAAGGUAUUAAUAUAGUAAUAUGAUAAUCAUUACUUUUGCUUAUGUUAACUAACUUGAUAAAUUUCAAACUGUUAUAUAAUGAGAAGAAUAAAUAGAGUUUUAGAGACAGCAGUUAUGCGUUUUUUCAUGUGCUUAAAGUAAGGAAAGGCAAUGUGGUCUGUAUUUAAUUCUUUGGGAGAGUUUGAAUAAAUGCUGAGAGAAAUUAUGGCCGAGUGCUUCUUAUAUCUUUCUUUUUUUCCUUCCUGAUUUUAGUUAAAAUUCAUUUUCGCAUUCAUGGUUGGUAUUAUCAUUAUUGUAAUUACCAUCGUUAUAUGUAGUACUAUUAUUAUUGCUCUUAUUUCCUAUUAUUAUUACUUUUGUCAGUUAUUUUCAUUCACUUGCCCGUCUCUAAAUUUUCGUUUUUCAUUGAUUAAAGAUUGUAUUGUUAAGUUUUCUUAAUUGCCAAAACUAGUCUAUAAUGAUUUCUUCAAAAUUAAACCUUGUUAUAUAUGGAAGAGUCUAUACCGUUGUUAUGAGAGGAUAUUUGGUUUACAGGAUGUGUACUGUGAAGUCUUAGGACAUUUUUGUUUCCUUUUCAUUGUCUUUUUUUUUUUCCAUCUUCAUACACCAAUAAGCAUGCAUGAAAAUUGUAUAAGAAUCAUAACAGAAUAGUGGUAGCUAGACUGGUGAUACCAUCUUUUUGGACCAUACACCAGUUUGAAUACCAAAUAUAUGAAGCUUUCUAGAGUCACAUCAUGGCAUACAGUGCUAUCCAGGAUUCUUUACUUCUGUUUUUAUAUAUCACAACAGUUCAUCUAAUGAUGCAAUCAUAACUCCCAUAAAUUAAAGCCUCUCUCAUAUAUGUUUUUAUUUAUAUGUUGAAAAUUUUUAUCAAGAGACUUUUCAGGAGUAAUGUGAGAGGUUUAGAGGUUGUAAGUAUGCUCUGAAUGUUUGUUGUAUGAUAUUCAGUGCUUUGCUUUGGUUGACUGAUACAAGGAUUUAGCAGCUUAAGUAAAGUCGAGAUCAUGCAUAUGUUAAAAGAUAACAUUAUUCACCAGUGAUAGACUUCAUAGAAAAUCUUGUGUUUGGCAAAUGUACCAUUUUCUAGUUCUUGUAAAUAGCAUAAAAAUGCAUGUUCAUCUAUAAUAAUUGCAAUAUACAUGUUUAUAGAAUGUAAUAUUCUUACACCAUUAUGCUAACAUGAAUAAUUACAAGUAUCUUAAGGAGUUUCCAUUAGAUAUUUUGCCUUAUCCAUUCUAAAUAGUUGUUUUGUUGUGUAGAAUACUUAAAUAAUGUUGUAUGUUAGCUCAUUUGUCAGCAGUGUAACUUUGUAUAAUGUAUCUGAAUAUAUUCCCAGGAUUUUUCUUUCCAUUUUUAUUAGCAUGUUCAAAAAGUAGAAUUUUCCUGUAUGAAAGAAUUUAUGGCCAGAACUAUUGUGUAUUCAUCUUUGUUCUUUCUUAUGUUAUCAACUUCAACACCCCAGUGAGCUACACAGUCCAUAAUGAGGAACCAUUUAUUAUUGGAUAAUCAUAAUGGUUAGAAAAAAAAUAUGAAGAGUAAUUAUGGAAUAAUGCACGUUUUACUGUAUGUUACAUUUCUGAUAGAGUCUAAUAGAAAAACAACUUUUUGAAAAAUGUGUAACCGAUUCUGAAUUACCUUGUAAAGUACCUGACAUUUUGAUUAAUAAACUGCCACAAGUGCUUCA